AUGACCGACAAAUAUAAUGAUUGGGUUAAAAAUAAAAAACAUAAUAACUACAAUAUGGCAGAAGAUCCUUUGUAUUAUAUAAAAUCGAAUUGGGUUAUAGAAAGGCAACUUUCAAAAGGUUCAUUUGGUCAAGUUUAUAAAGCACAUAAAAAAUUAGAUCCAAAUUUUGUAUGUGCAAUAAAAGUUAUUCAAUAUUGUAAAUUUACAAUGAAAGAAGUUGAUUAUUUAAAAAAAUUAAAUGAUCCAAAAUUUGUAAAAUACUAUUCUUUAGAAUUUAAUAAUUCAAAAACAUAUGCAUAUAUUAUUAUGGAAUUCAUUGAAGGUGAAUCAAUGAAAUCGAUAAUAGAAAAUAAAAAAUUCUCAGAUAUUGAAAUCAAAGAAAUUAUAAAAGAAUUAUUAAAAGCAUUAGUUUAUUUAAAUGAUAAAGGUAUAAUGCAUAGAGAUUUAAAACCAGAGAAUAUUAUGUUUCAAAAUCAAAAUCAAAAUCAAAAUCAAAAUAAUAAAAUUAAUUUAAAAUUAAUUGAUUUUGGAUUAUCAAAAGCAAUUAAUGAAAAUAUUAUAAAUAAAACUGUAAAAUUACAAACUAUAUCAUCAGUUGGAACCACAUUAUAUAUGGCACCAGAAAUAUUAUUAAAUAAUAAAGGUAGUAAUUCAAGUUUAGAUAUAUGGAGUUUAGGUUGUAUUAUUGUUGAAAUGAAAUGGGGUUUAAAUCAACUUUGUUUACAAAGACCCAAUAAUAUACCGGUUUUCCCAGUGAAUUCACUAUUUACAGAGAUUUUAAAUCUUUGUUUUCAAACCGAACCUUCAAAAAGAAUAAAAUCACAUCAAUUAAUUAAACAUCCAUUCUUCAAUGACGAAAAUGAACAAUUUUAUAAUGACAAUAAAGAAUAUUUCGAUUUUUUAAAAGAGAAUGAAAGAGAUUCAUACAUUGAAAUACACAAUACUGAAAGUAUUGGAAGUAAUAGUACUUGUAGUAUUAAUGAAAUUAGGUUUGAAAAUUUAUAUUUAAUUCAAAGUACAUAUGAAAACCAAUAUCCAAUUAAAACAAUCACUUUACAUGAAAAAUAUACAGGAAUUUCAAAAUUAAGUCAUUUAAAUUCAAAAUUUAAAAUAAUUUAUCUUUUUUUAAUUUUAUUAUUUUUAAUGACAAUAUUGGUAAAUUUAAAUCGACAUGUACAAACUAAAUUUUCAAUCAUUCAAAGAGAUAAUAUAUUUUUGUCAAUAACACCAGAAUCAAAUCCAAUAAAAAAACCUUCACCAACUCAAUCUUCAGAUUAUAAUCAAUAUAGUGAAGGUUCACAAUCAUCAUAUGAAUCAUCGUCAUCAUCUGAAUCAUCAUCUGAAUCAUCAUCAUCUGAAUCAUCAUCAUCUGAAUCAUCAUCAUCAUCUGAAUCACAAUCCUCAGAAAUAAAUUAUUCCUCAAAUUCAAAUGAUUUACAACCAACAGACUCAUCAACUACAGAUCCACCAGUAACUGAUCCACCAAUAACUGAUCCACCAAUAACUGAUCCACCAGUAACUGAUCCACCUAUUACUGAACCACCGGUUACCGAAACACCAAAACCAACUAUAAAUCCAUUUUUUAAUACACCAGUUUUUAUUUGCUCUCAAAAGAUAGAUCAAUGCUUAACAGUUUUAAAUAGUCAAGAUUUGGAAUUUAUUGAUAAAAAAGGAAGAGAUCAAUCAAUGGUUUUAGAAUAUGAUGGUAAUGCAGAACAAACUUUUUCAAUUAGAGAAAAGGGUGGAAUGUAUAUUUGUUUGUCUGGUGAACAUUAUCAUUUUUCAGAAAAAUUAAAAGGAAGGUUAAAUGCUAAUAAAGAUGGAAGAGAUUGUACUUUCAACCUAAUAACACAAUUUAAUAUAGAUAAACAAGCAAAUCUUUACUCAUUUAGAAGUCCAAAUGAUCAAUAUAUACAAUCAGAUGAAACUACAAGAUUUAUCUCUACUAAACCUGGUGGAUUAGGAUCACAAUCACAAUUUUUUAUUUAUUUUAGCCACUCUUUGGGUCCAAACUAA